GUUUUAGACAAUUAAUGUAAGUAGCCAUUAUACAUCAACAGGACGUAAUGAAACAACUUGUCAAGCUGCACUUGGUUAUGCAUUUGCUGCUGGUGCAACAGAUGGACACGGAGAUUUUGAUUUUAAACAAUCAACAAAUUCAACAAAUCCUUUUUGGCAAUAUCUUUCAUCAUUUAUAGCUACGCCUACUCCAGAACAAAUUCAAUGUCAAGCACCUAAACCUAUUUUGCUUGAUGUCGGUCAAACAAAACCAAUCGAAUGGGUUCCAUUUAUUUUACCACUGCAAAUAUUCCAAAUUGGACAAUUAAUUAUUGUUGCAGUUCCAGGAGAAUUCACAACUAUGAGUGGAAGACGAUUAAAAUCAACUAUUAAACAGGCCUUCCAAGAUGCGGUAAUACCUAAAUUAGUAGAGCUUUUCUUAAAAUUUAUAAAGUUACAUAUAUCUCUUACAAAAACUAGCUACUAUUGAUUAAUAAUCAUAUCGGAAAACCCUUAGAUUUCUCUAUAAAAAAAACUAUAAUUUUCAUUCUUUUAUCCGAGUGACUAACCAGAAAAAAUUGAGCGAAGUAAAAGCACUUUCAUGCCGUUUUAUCAAUUUAUUGUGAUUUCCGGAAUCCAUUCAUAUGAAAAGUGAGUAAUAUCCUGAUAGCUCGUCAAACACUCUAUUUAUUACACUGAAUAGACUAAGUAUGAUGCCAAUGACACGCACAUAAAAAUGUCAUCUUUCUCAACCUAGCUUUCUGUUUUUCGCUAACUAUGACUUAUAUAUAGAGAACAUUUCUAUAAACUUUUCAACAUUUUGAUACAACUUCAAAUUCUUAGUAAAUCAGAAACAUGUUUAUCCGAGUCUAGUAUGUCACCUCUUUAGUCAUCUUGCUUUCAGAAAUUCAUUUUUACGCAGUAUUCAACACAAUAUGAGGUUACAAUGAAAUGAAAAAGUAUGAUAAAGCUUAUUUUUUGAAG